AUGCAAAAAAUAAUUGUGAAGUUGUUGAUCACAAGAUCGUGUAACAGGUUUCAAAAAAAUUUUUAUAACAUGGAAAGUAAUUUCAAUGACAAAAUUAUCAUAAAAAAUCUAGUAGUUAGAAUUAUUAUUGGUGUUGAUUCAUGGGAGCGCGUUAAACGUCAACCUGUUACAAUUAAUGCUGUUAUUCGUAUUAACGUUUCUCAAGCCGGAGAAACAGAUCAUUUAUCACACACUGUUAAUUAUGGAUCAGUAUGUAAGACGAUCACACAACAUGCAGAAGAGUCAACCUACAAGUCGCUUGAGGCUUUAGCAGAUGGUUUGGCCAAAAUUUGCAUAAAAGAAUACAAGGUACCCCAAAUUACAAUUCGUGUAGAAAAACCUCGUGCUUUGUUGCAUGCAACUUCAGCUGGUGUAGAAAUUACAAGAACUAAAGAAGAUUAUGGACCUAUUGAAAAGGAUCCAGAUGCAUUGCCUGCCUCGAUCAAUAAUCAUCACGAUAUAAUUUUUGUUAAGGAUUUGAAAGUUAGUACGAUCAUUGGUGUUAAUCCGUGGGAAAGGGAGGAAAAACAAAUUGUGAUUUUGAAUUUGACCACAUAUCCAAGUUUUCCUGUUAGCGCACUACAAAAGGAUCAUGUCACGAAACCACAUAACUAUCGAACAAUAGUAAGAACUAUCAUAAAGCAUGUAGAACAAUCGAAAUAUAAAACGGUGGAAGCGUUUGCUACCGCUGUUGCCAGAAUAGCUAUAAUAGAAUGUCAUGUUAAUAAAAUCACAAUUCAUGUGGAAAAACCAAGUGCACUAAUGUUUGCAGAAUCUGCAGGAAUUGAAAUUACUAGAAGUAAACAUGAUUUCGAGAAUGAAAUAAGGGUCAUCACACAUCCAUAUUUGAAUCCUUUGGAUGAUAAGGAUCAUCAAGCAACUUCUCUUGUUGUGAAACAAGACUCUAAUAUAUCAGAUGAGUUAAAACAUUUUGCUUUUAUUGCUUUGGGUUCAAAUAUGGGUGAUACUAUUGUAAAUAUUAAUGAAGCAUUGAUUCAAAUUGAAAAAAAUCACGGCUGUAAAAUAUUGGAUACUUCGUUUCUUUAUGAGACAUCUCCAAUGUAUAUCACAGAUCAGCCAAAAUUCUUAAAUGCUGCAUGCAGAGUAGCAACAAGUUUAGAUCCUGAAGCUUUGCUUAAAAAGUUACAAGAAGUUGAAUAUAAUAUGGGAAGAUUUGAGAAAUCAUAUGUAAAAUAUGAGUUUGUUUUGCGGCCGUUAUGCGAUAUUGGAAAGAAGGUUGAACAUCCUAAACUUUAUAAGACAUGUGGUCAACUACUUUCUCAACUUCUCAACUCUCAAUCUUAUAAUUCCGAUAAUGUCAUCAAUAAAAUAUUACCAAUUAGAAAGAGCACAUGGACCUGGAACACAAAAACAUUUAUAAUGGGAAUAAUAAACGUGACACCAGAUAGUUUUAGCGACGGAGGUCUUUUCACCUCGGUAGAUGAUGCAGUUAAUCAUGCCGAAAAACUUGUAGCUGAAGGUGCUGAUAUUAUUGAUAUUGGUGGUGUAUCCACAAGACCAAAUGCAGAUGAUGUAUCUGUAGAAGAGGAGAUCUCACGUGUUAUCCCUGUUAUAAAAGCUAUAAGAUCCAAAAAAGGCAUGGACAAUGAUAUUAUUAUUUCUAUUGACACAUUUCGAGCCGAAGUAGCAAAAAAAGCAAUUGAAGCAGGCGCUGAUUUUAUCAAUGAUAUUUCUGGUGGAAAACUUGACCCGAAUAUGUAUCAAGUUAUGGCCGAGGCAAAUGUACCAGUUUGUCUUCAACAUAUGCGUGGCGAUCCAAAAACAAUGCAAAAAUUAACACAGUAUGAUAAUGUGAUUUCAGAUAUCAGUAACGAACUUUAUGAGCGUGUUCAACACGCAAUGGAAUCAGGCGUUAAACGUUGGAAUAUUAUUAUUGAUCCUGGCUUUGGAUUUGCCAAGAAUUAUGAACAAAAUUUUGAAAUUUUAAGAAAAUUAAAAGAGUUUAAUGGCGAGAAUGGACCAUUCGAAGGAUUUCCUUGUCUUGUUGGACCGUCGCGUAAAAAUUUUAUAGGCUUAGCAACAAAUCAACCGAUUGCUAAUAAAAGGGGAUACGGAACAGCGGCUGCAUGCGCAGCAUCUAUUUCCGGAGGUGCAAAUGUUCUCAGAGUUCACGAUGUUAAAGAAAUGGCAGAUGUUGCACUGGAUUUUCAAAACAAUAAUGAGAAAAAUGUAAUCAAAAUUACAUUAAAUAGACCAAAACGUGGUAAUUCAUUGAAUUUACCAAUGGUUUUAGAACUAAUAGAAAUUUUUGAGUGGCUUGAAAAUCAAUCAUUGAUAAGAGUUGUUAUUCUGACAGGAUCUGGGGGAUUUUUUUGUACAGGAAUGGCUUUAGAAACUGCGCUUACUAAUUCACUUAAAUAUUAUAAUGAUGACAUUAGAGUAGAAUAUUUAGAAUUGUUAGAAAAAGAAUUUAAUGACGGACAAAAAUUAUAUAAAACGAUUAAAAAUUGCAAAAAACCAAUUAUUUCACUGAUAAACGGACCAGCGUUAGGAGGUGGAAUUGGAUUGGUGUUUGUAACAGAUAUAAGGAUAGCAAUCAAGGACACAUUUUUCAAAUUUUCAGAAGUAAAAUAUGGGCUGAUGCCAUCAAUCAUAUCACAAUUUAUAGUGCCGGAAUUAGGUCCAUUCAAAUCCAAACAAUAUUUUAUAACAGGCGAAACAAUCAGAGUUGACCAAGCACUAAAAGAUAAUUUUAUUAGUGAUGUAGCAGUGGAUUCAAAGGAAUUGGACGAAAAAUGCAAUUAUUAUAUCGAGAAAUUGAUUGAGAGCGCGCCUAAAAGUAUUGGAAAAAUUAAAGAUUUAGUUAAAUUCAUCACUAGUAAAAAUAAUUUGAAAGGAGAGGCAGGAGAAGUAAAGGAAGAGUUAAUUAUUAAAGAUUAUUUUGUUAAUAUGAUGAUUUCUGAUGAGGCAAAAGUUGGUUUGACUGCCUAUAAAAAUAAGGAAAAACCUAAUUGGAAUAAUCAUAUUUUAUCAAAAUUGUAA